GUGGGUGCCGAGUAGCGAGCGAGUGAGUGAGGAUGUCUGGCCGCGGGAAGCAAGGCGGGAAAGCGCGGGCCAAGGCCAAGUCGCGCUCGUCGCGGGCCGGGCUGCAGUUCCCCGUGGGCCGUGUCCACCGGCUGCUGCGCAAGGGCAACUACGCGGAGCGGGUGGGCGCCGGCGCCCCGGUGUACCUGGCGGCCGUGCUGGAGUACCUGACGGCCGAGAUCCUGGAGCUGGCGGGCAACGCGGCCCGCGACAACAAGAAGACGCGCAUCAUCCCCCGCCACCUGCAGCUGGCCAUCCGCAACGACGAGGAGCUCAACAAGCUGCUGGGCAAGGUGACCAUCGCGCAGGGCGGCGUGCUGCCCAACAUCCAGGCCGUGCUGCUGCCCAAGAAGACCGACAGCCACAAAGCCAAGAGCAAGUAAAAGGGGCCUGGAGAAGCACCCGAGCACAGAAUCAAAACCCAAAGGCUCUUUUCAGAGCCACCCACAGCGUCGAGAAGGAGUUUGAAAUGCUACAGAGCGAGCGGGCGGCAAGGGAGGGGUGUGUGUCCGUCUUUCCGGGGAGGGGGCGGGUUGGCUCCAGGGAGGGCGGGGCCCUCCGCUCUGUGGCAGUCCCGGCCCGGUUAUGCUGCAGAGUUGAGGUGCACACCGUGAAAUGCGCGUUUUUCCCUGUGCGGCCCCCGCUUCCGCCUCGGUCAUCGGCGGGCGGAGCACGGGGCUGCUCUCCCCGUCGAGCGGUGGGGGUUACUGGUGCGAGCACCCGCGGAGCAGAGCGCGGGCUGGCCCGGAGCCAAUCGUCACCAUGGCGGCCUUUUUGAAAGAGCGAGGGCGCUCAACCCGCUCGCCGACGGGGAAUCGGCCUGCCUGCAGCGGCCGCCAGCCUCCCACCGCGCAAAAGCGAGGAGGCCCCUUCCACGCCACACCGGCUGAAGCGACUCCCGCGCAGUCACGGCCCUUUCCUCCUGCAGUUAUGAGCGGGCAGGAGGAAACGGGGGAUCCGCCCAGCUGCGGUAGAGAACUCAGCGAGACAGACCCGGCUUUGGCAUUUUUCCUUCUUUUUAUGCUACUGGGACAGAGGGACCGUUUGUUUUUUUCCUAAAGCCGACAGAGAGGACUAAGGAGGCUUGGCCUUGAGGUCCCAGCACCUUUGCUACUUGGCAUCGGUUAAGGCCCCAGAAAGAGCCAGAGUGGGACGCUGCUUGCCUUCCAGGACAGAAGGCCGCAGCAAGGUCUUCCAGAAGCGGCUAUCGGAAGGAGACGGCCCAAGAGCUAAGAAGAUCGAUGAUGCAGCAGCGAAGCACUGAAGAAGCAUACAGAGCCGAACUGCGAGGCCAGACAGUCCGACUGCACCUAAGCAAGAAAAACGGGUGUGGUAGGGGAAGCGGGAAGAAAUACAAGCCUAUGAGGAAAACCAUCUUGACAGAGACUACAAAUUCACUAAAGCGACACAGCUCUUUUACAGAAAAAAGUGGGUGGCUCUUAAAAGAGCCUUUGAUUUAGAUAAUGUAGAAACAAAAAGCUUUAGCCGCCGAAACCGUAGAGGGUGCGUCCCUGGCGCUUGAGGGCGUAGACCACGUCCAUGGCUGUCACGGUCUUCCUCUUGGCGUGCUCGGUGUAGGUGACAGCGUCGCGGAUCACGUUCUCCAGGAACACCUUCAGCACUCCGCGAGUCUCCUCGUAGAUGAGCCCCGAGAUGCGCUUGACGCCGCCGCGCCGAGCCAGGCGGCGGAUGGCCGGCUUGGUGAUGCCCUGGAUGUUGUCGCGCAGCACCUUGCGGUGGCGCUUGGCGCCCCCCUUGCCGAGCCCCUUCCCGCCCUUGCCUCUGCCAGACAUGACUCCGCUUUCUGCCUCUCAGAACUCUGGGCCGGUGCUCGCCGCGCCGCGGUCUUUAUGUCGAGACGUCCGACCUGAUUGAGAGCAGGGGCGGGCACCGCUGGCGAGGGCGGAGCCUGCGCCUCCACCCCCCUCCGCGGACGCGGCCAGGCGGGGCCUUCGCUUGUCGAUGCUCUCGGGCUCCUCCCUGGCUCCUCGCCCGGUUUCGCCGCGCCAGACUCCGCCUCCGCCUCGCUCGCCUUCCCCCUGCCCCGGUGCCCCUGGAGCGCCGUUUCCCGGCAUCUUCGCCUCCGGGCGGGGCGGCGGCGCACAGGCCUUCCUUCUCUGAGGGGCCGAGCUCGCUCCUGUGCAGGGAGCCGGCGGCCUUGAGGCCUCCGCGGACCCUUGUGAAGAUCGUGCUAACCGUGUCUCACUACUUCUGAGCUCACAUCCCAAAGACUCCGUGGUCGUAUUGAGAACUGUCUGCUGAAUGAAAGGACUCUCGGGUCACCUUCAUGUCCUCAUGCUCAUAUUUGGCCUGUGCUGUGAAGCAUCAGGAAAAUCAAGUCUAUGAUUUUCCCUCAUACCAGAAAGAAGUGCGUGUGUUUGUCUGAAAGCUGGCUAUGCCUGAGUCUCACGUUAUAGCAUCACUGGCGAGUCUGCAAAGGGCAUUUUCUUUGUAGAAGUGCAGAAGAGCCUUAUUUGCUAGUCUGUGUCUCGAGUGGUGUUUGUAUUAAGUCUCAGUUGGCAUAUUCAGAAGGAAUCAUUCUUCCAUUUACAUCAUGUUUUCUAACUGGAUGAAAUUUAGUCCUGCAUGUCCAAAACUCAACAAAAAUGGCUUUGUCAGCUGUGUGCAUGUGUACCUCCAUGUCUUCUAAUGGUUGAUAUCAUUCUGAGUGGACAGUUACUCUUUUUUUUUUUCUUUUUCCCCACGUAGUAUUGUUUCCUUUCACCAAUGUACUUUGCCAGUGACAACAUUUCUCUCUGUUAUUUUCAUAUGACUUCGUGACCCUGAUAAUCAGUCACCACGGCUCUUGAAUCUUAUACCUUGUUUCUGCUGGCUCUCCUUGCAGUUCUGUUUUUUCUAGCUUAGGGCCCACUGGAGCUAUGAGAUUAGUAUAAUUCCAGAGUGGAGAAUUUACCUUAUGUAUAAAACAUAAUGGUGAGGUAAUUCUUUCCCAGCAUCUUUUGUCUUGGAUACUUUAUGUCUCUGUCUGGCCCUCAUCCAGGACAACAGUGCUGAGAAGUGUUGGGAACUGCAUUCCUUGACUUCACUGGUCUUACUCUCUCCUACUCUCUGCUGGGCAUCAUUUCAUUUUGUCCAUAUAUUUUCUCAUUAUUUUCUUGACAAGAUGACAUGAGUGUUAGGAGCAUCUGCUGGCCUUUCAAUUGUUGUUACUCUUCACAUCGUUAUCAUUAAUAUUCUGAAUAUUACUCUAUCGCAAUACAUGCAGCAUAAUAUACUUAUCUUUCACAUAUCAACAUAUGUGUAUAGAUUGCCCUGUCACUUGUGAACAUUAAUUAUUUCUAAGGAUGGGCACAGACCUCACAUUUUGUUUUCUUUUCAUCUGUGCAUAGCAAUAAACCAUGACCCCAAUCUCUAUUUCAUUUGAUGCUGGCUAUUGUAUACAAGGAAUGAAAAUUACAGAACAUAAUAAAAUACCUGAAACAGGUCAAGUUUACAGUGAA